AUGGCCUGGGAUUGCCUCCCGCAGGCCAUCACCAACACAGUCUGCAUCGGCGCCAUGGUCAUGAUGGUCGGCGCGUUCGUUCAGCUGGCGCGGGAGCCCCACAGCAAGGGCUCCAUCGCGACCUCCGUCUACCUCCUCUUCUCGAUCAGCCUCACGGCCGGCUUGUACACGGUCUCCUGUCGCGCCUUCUUCCAGCGGUCGGCGUUGCGUUGGUGCUUGGCCUCCGCCACCGGGGCACUCCGUGGCGCGGGUUGGCUUCUCUGCCUGCCAUGCCGGAGCGCGUGCGCCCGCCGAAACAUAGGCAGCGGCGGCAGCGCUCUGCCGCAGUUUCUGGACCAGGCACCGAGUCACAUGCCCGCGCCGGCCCGGGAGCCACCGGUGCAUGGUGGCACACGGGUGGUGACGGCGUAUGGCAUCCCGGCGUACGAGUAG